GUACCAGAGAAUGGCGGCAGCCAAUCAAAACCUUUCCUCCGCUGCCGGAAAAUGUGUUGUUUACAUUUUCCAAGAUGGCGGCGGGAAUGUACCUGGAACAUUAUUUAGACAGCAUAGAGAAUUUGCCAUUCGAAUUGCAGAGAAACUUCAAUUUGAUGCGGGACCUAGACCAACGGACAGAAGAUCUUAAAGGACAGAUAGACUCCCUGGCCAAGGAGUACACUUCCAAUGCCAGGACUCUUUCUUCGGAGCAAAAGCUCUCCAUUCUGAGACAGAUUCAGCAGUCAUACAGUAAAUGCAAAGAGUUUGGUGAUGAUAAGGUGCAGCUGGCAAUGCAGACAUAUGAGAUGGUUGACAAGCACAUCCGACGGCUGGAUACAGACCUGGCCCGUUUCGAAGCGGACCUGAAGGAGAAACAGAUUGAGAGCACUGACUAUGACUCCACUUCCAGUAAGGGAAAGAAAACUGACGCUAGGCAAAAGGAGAAGAAAAUGGCUAAAACUAGGUCUAAAGUGAAGAGCUCGGAUGAGGAUGGCAGUCCCAAGAGUGCACAGAAGAAAGUCAAACUCCUCCAACCAGGAGAGUUCAAUGCUCCAGCUUCCAACUUUGGCAACGUGCAUCCUUCAGAUGUGUUGGACAUGCCUGUGGACCCCAACGAGCCCACCUACUGCCUGUGCCACCAGGUCUCCUAUGGGGAGAUGAUUGGCUGUGACAACACUGACUGUUCUAUCGAGUGGUUCCAUUUCGCUUGCGUGGGUCUGACAACCAAACCACGUGGGAAAUGGUACUGUCCACGCUGCUCUCAAGACCGAAAGAGAAAAUAAAAUGACUUUGUUAGUGAAACAAUGGAAUGCCGGGAACAGAUUGAAUAGAUGGAAAAUGGCUGGAAUAGUAUUUUCAACAUUAGUUAUUAGUACGUUUUACAUAUUUCUUAAUGUUUGGUGCUUUAUUGGUUAACAUUUUUGAUGGCCGUGGUCUGAUGCAGUGUAUGAAGGAGACUAAUGGUUACAACUUUAUUUAAAAUUUCAUAUUUGAAAUGGUUGACUUUCUUUUUUAUUUACUUUGGUGCUCAUUGUAAUGUUUUGUUGUAGGUAUUUUUUGUUUUUUUACAUUUUGUUAUACAAAUGAAAAAUAAACACUACAUUUUCCCCUAAUAGUUAGACAUUUACAAAUGCCCUAACACUAUCAAUAUUGCCGUGUAUGACUACACAAUUCUUUAAAAAAACUUUUUCAAUUAAUAACUUUAAUUUCUAUUUUACAUGAAUGCCUAUGUUAAGCUCUAGCUUUUUUGGAAUGACAAUGAGUAGGAUGAAAAAGAUAAGACCAAUGCUGCAUUUUGAUAGUAUUAGUCAACUGAAAUUGUCCUUUUAAAGAUUUGAUUGAGUGUUGUAUGGAAAAUAAGACAUUUCAUGAGGGAAGUAUUGCCAUUCCUGUAGCUGAAACAUUUGUACUAGGGAGAGGGUGUUGGUUAUGUUUUCAAUUAUUUGAAUACAGCUACUACCUCAACAAUG